AUGCUGCAGCCGGGAGACCCGCGGGGCAACGGCACCCUCACCGCCACGGCCGUGCUCACUGCAGAGCAGCCCCGGGGUGAGCUGGGCUGCUACCUGCCCCGCCGGGGGGGUCUGCACCUGCUGGGCACGGCAGCCUUCCAGGCUGGGGCCCCUCCCGGCAGCCUGCGGGUCCAGCGCUGCGUCAGCUUCUGGGCAAGGAACAUCACCUGUUUCUGGGACCCCGGGCCGGAGACCCACCUGCCCACCACGUACACCCUCAGCAUCACCGAGGAAGUGGGGCCCUGCCGGUGGAAGUUCGCCGACACCGGGACGUGCGUGUCCGGCCGGGAGACCCGCUCCUGCACCGUCCCCGUGAGCAACCUCUUCGCCUCCUUCAAGGUGCAGCUGAGGGCUGAGAACCCGCUGGGCCAGGCCAGCGCCCCGGCCGUGUGCGUGCAUGGCAUGAGCAUCGUGAAGCUAAGCCGGCCCGAGGUCAGCGCCACGGCCAACCGGAGCGACUGCUUCCACGUGGCGUGGCGGCUGCCCAAGUACGAGCUGGCGGACGCGGCGGACGCACAGUAUGAGAUCCGGUACCGGGCGGCCGAGGAAGGGGCCUGGGUGCAGGUGGAGGCAGCGGGGAGCCCGCGGGCCGUCGGCGAAGCCUCCCCCUUCACCACCUACGCCGUGCAGGUGCGCGCCCGCUACCGAGCCGGCGCCUUCCCCUGGAGCGCGGGGGGCCCGUCCUGGAGCGACUGGAGCCUGGAGAGAUCCGUCACCACCCUGCCCACGGACCAGCAUCGCCUUCCCCCACUGCAGCCCCUGCCGCCCGGGGAAGCCAAUGGCAGGAUCCUGGGCUACCGCCUGCUGUGGCAGCGCCGGGGGCGCCCGGCCGUGCCCGCCUGCAUCACCAGCGCCCUGCGCUGUGCCCUGCAGCUGCCCGCAGCCGAGGAGCACGUCUUCCUGCUCAGCGCCCACAACGCUGCCGGCGAGUCGCCCACGACCCUGCUGCGGGUCCCGGCUGCGGGGGCCGAGGCAGAGCCAUUGCUGCCGCUGCCCGUCCUGGUCUCCCCGGCAGGCGACCGCAGCCUCCUCCUGCAGUGGGAUCCCCCCGGCUUCCCCGUCUCAGCCUACAUCCUGGAGUGGGGGCGGGCGGCGGAGCUGGGGGGGCAGGACCUGGACUGGCGCGCUGAGCACGGGGGCAUCAAUAGCACGGUGCUGGCGGAGGCGACCGAGCCAGGGCACCUCUACAGCCUGACCCUCUAUGCCCUGAAUGACGGAGCCGUCCGGGCCGUGGGCUCCGUGUACGCGUACUCCAAGCAGACGGCUCCGCUCCGGGCACCGGCACUGCAGCCCGCGCGGGUCUGGAAGUCCCAGGUGGAGGUGCAGUGGCAGGAGCCCUCGCUGGAGGAGCGGGGCGGCUACAUCCGCAACUACACCGUGUCCUAUGCGGAGCAGGGUGCGGGCGCCCGUGCGGUGGUGGUGAACGGCUCCAUCCAUCGCUACCUGCUCACGGGGCUGGCGCCCGACACCGUGGUGCGGGUCAGCGUCACCGCCACCACCGAUGGGGGCAGCACCCAGGGUCCCAUCCUGUCCAUCCGCACCCGGAGCUUUGAUGAGGGGGAGGUGGAGCUGUCGCUGUCCUCCCUGGGCGUGGGGCUGGUUCUGCUCAUCGCGGCAUCCCUGGCCUGCCUCCUCAAGCACCAGCUCAUCCAGGGCUACCUCUGGCCGCAGGUCCCCGACCCAUCUAAAAGCCACCUGGCCAGCUGGAUGCCACAGAGAACGUGGCUGGACCUGGUGGGGUCCCGGGAGGAGCAGCAUGAGAAGCAGGGAGCGGGGAGCUCCCAUGUCGCCCUCGACUCCAUCUCCAGGAUCGUCUCCAGCCAGCAGCGGGAGCAGCUCGUGCCCACGUCUCUCCUGGAGGGCAUGUGGGCACUGGAGGUCUCCAGCACAGGGGAUAAGUGCCAGGCCAUUCUCCUCCCCUCCGAGCCCCCUGGACUCACCCCGGACACCGGGGCCCAGGACACGGCCGCCUACCGGAGCAGGGUGGAGUAUUCGACGGUAGUCUUCUGGGCAUAUAGGGACCGAGAUGCCCCCCAGCCCCUGCCUACCCCCCAUGGCAGCGCUGGGCCUCACCCUGAGCCUGCUGCAAGCCCCGGGGCACCAAGCCCAGCCGCUGAGGACCGGGACUCGGUGUCCCCGGGAGAAUUCCCGCUCCUGCUCACCCUGGUGAUGGAGGGAGGAGACGUCCAGCCAAAGGGGGUCCCCGCUGUGGGGAGCCAGGGCUCUCUGACCCCCUAAGACGCCGGGGCAGCGGGGCUCAUUUUGGGUCCUCCUGGCCUUCCCCUCGAGCAGCAGGACUCGUGCCAGCUGGGAAGAGCAGUGCCCGCCUCCCUCUGGUUUUCACACCAUGGCGUGGCCCGUGUUUCCAUCCUGCCCCGGCCUGGCCACGUGCUCCCUGCUUGGUGCCACAGCCCACCAUUAAAGCUCGGGAA